AUGGGCGCAUAUUACGACGAGGUCGAGAUUGAAGACAUGGCCUGGGAUGAGGACAAACGGAUAUACCACUAUCCUUGUCCCUGCGGUGACCGCUUCGAGAUUUCUCGUAAGCAGCUCGCGAAUUACGAAGACAUUGCGACAUGCCCCAGCUGCAGUCUAGUCAUACGAGUCAUAUACGAUCCACUUGACUACGAAGAUGAGCCGCCAGACGAAGACGACGAAGGUGCAGUGUCAGACGAGGAGUCUGACGAAGACGAUAGCGAUAGCGGCGACGAGAGGUUCGAAGAUGCCCUUGAUCGCCUCCACCUUGCUGACGAGCGGCCCCUUGUGAUUGCGGUCGGGGCAUGA